GAUUUGGCAGGUUUGUGACUAUGUGUUGAACACUGUUACCAAGCAACCACCUGGGACAGCAUGUCAGAGUUGCACCAAGCAGCUGCGGUGGGGGAUUUUGAUCAGGUCUGGGAGAUUCUGAGGCGCAAGAAAUGUGACCCCAAUCAGCGAGACGUGGACUGGGGCAAUAAGACGCCUCUGCACUGGGCUGCAGCCAAUGGAGACGUAGAAACGGCGAGACUUCUCAUCGAGCACGGAGCCCGGCCAUGCCUGAGGACGGAACUGGGCAGAACUGCGGCGCACUUUGCCGCCGAGACUGGUUCUCUGGGGGUCCUGAGGCUGCUGCACUCCUUCCACGCCCCCCUGGACAAGGAGGAUUCUGGCGGCGACAGACCGGCGCGGAUCGCCCAAAUCUAUGGACACCGUGAGUGUGUCACAUUCCUCAGAAAGGCAGAGGCAGAGGGGGAGACAUACCGCAAAAUAGUGGCUGAAAAAGGCCUGUCUGUGGAUGACACUGAUGAAGAGUGGGAAGAACAAUGCAAAGACCAACGUGAAGGAAAAAUAAAAUUUGUGAUAAAAUAGUAUUUCCCAGAGUUUUAAAUGCACCCCUUUGAGUGUUGCAAAAAAUGUAUAAAUGAAGCCCGUUUGUAGCCCUUAAUGGUUAUUCAUGCACACAUGACGAGUUAAACCGAAAUUUGACUGAACAAGUUUGCAUUAAGCCUCAAGGCACACUUUGAAAUAAACAUUCCUAAAAUAAUCUCAGAGAGUCUUUCU